AUGGAUGCUAACUUCAUAGAAUCAUUGAAAGUGGAAAAAGGUAUUAUUUCUGCUAUUGAGAAUACUUAUUCUAGCAUCCUAAAUAAUCAAAACUUAUUUGAAAAAGUGAACUUUAUUAGACAGACUUUAGGUCAUGCUAAAUUGAAACCUUAUUCUUGUAAAAUAUGUUGUAGCAGUUUCACUAGAAGUGCUAGUUUAGCAAGGCAUGUUCUUGUUCAUAAUAAGCAGAAACCUUAUUCUUGUAAUAUAUGUAAUGAAAAUUUCACCCAAAAUUCCUCUUUAAUAAGGCAUUCUGUUGUUCACACGAAAGAAAAACCUUAUUCUUGUAGUUUAUGUAAUAAAAGCUUUGCUUUGAAGCAAAGCUUAUCUAUUCAUAGCCGUAUUCAUUCUGGAGAAAAAAAUUUUGCUUGUGGCAUUUGUAAUACAAGUUUUAGACAAAGAAAUACACUACAUAGACAUCUCCUUACCCAUACUAAAGAGAAACCAUAUUCCUGUAAUGAAUGCCAUAAAAAAUUUUCACGCAAGUUUCAUGUAGUCAGACAUGCAACUGUUCAUUCUAAAGAAAGACCUUUCUUUUGUGAUGAAUGCGAUAAAAGUUUUACCAGAAUGGAUUCAUUAAGAAAACAUAGACUUUUUCAUUCUAAAUGA